AAAAAAAAAUGAAAUUUCUAAAACUUAGAAAAUGAAAAAACAGAUGGAGCGACAGCUGAGGAAUUCAAAUUGUUUAUCAAGACGUUCGAGGAGGGUCCAGCCCGGCCAGCCGGGCGUCCAAUCACGUUUCCAACGAACGAAUGUGAAAGGAAGACGGGUGCCGUUCAUUUUUCAAGGUAUGAGGUAUCUUUGCACAGAUCUGGCAGUAUCAUCGGGCAAGCGCUAACCGGGUCGACUGCAUCGCACAUCGCACGGCGUCGACGGCGGCGCUCACUCGCUACGUUACGCUCGCCUGCCGUCUGCCGCGUAAUCGGCGGGAGGAGAGGCGCCGAGCUCGAGGUGGCGCGUGUCCGGGUAGUGCAGUCUACCGUUGACCGUUAACCCUCUCGGACGCGGAAGGGUGCGUACGGUACAGUGCUUCGCGAUUUUAUUCCUCUCGUCAUUCGAUCACAUUCGAUCGUGUUACUUCUCUUGCCAGCUCUCUUCUCAUCCAAGGAGGAAAGUCCAUUGAGGGACAUUAUCAGUGCGUUAUCCAUCCAUCUCCGGGGGAGUCUCGGAGGUUUAUCUUCCGUUUUUCCACGAUGAACGGAAACGCGAGGAACGAGCGGCCAACCGCAGACGACAUCGAUGCCGCUUCCCUCAGCGCCGACAUUCUCAACCCCUUCGUGCAUCGACUCGAGCUCGGCUCGACCUACGAGAAGCUCAAGACAAUAUUCUUAACGAUCGCCCUUUUGCCGGUCAGGCUAGCUGCAAUCACGACUUUGAUGAUCCUAGCGUGGCUAUUGGCCUGCCUUGGACUGCAUGGAUUGUCCGAGGAGGAUCUUCGGCGAGCUCCUCUCAAAGGAUGGAGGCGAAAAUUAGUACCAUGGAUAUGUUUCGUGGGCCGACUCACUUACCAGGCCGGCGGAAUGAAAAUCGUAGUCCGAGGGAAACAGGCUUCCAGAACGGAAGCUCCGAUUCUGGUCCUCGCGCCGCACUCGACCUUUAUUGACGGCGGCAUCGUUUACGUCACCGGAUUUCCUUCAAUCAUCGUCAGGCGAGAAUCGGGAUUGAAUCCGUUUAUAGGAAAACUUAUCAACUAUACACAGCCGGUCUACGUGUGGAGGGAAGAUCCAAAUUCCCGACAGAAUACUAUCAAGGAGAUCAUUGAGAGAACUACUUCCAAGGAGGAUUGGCCACAAGUUAUGAUAUUUCCCGAAGGGACUUGUACAAACCGGUCAUGCUUGAUUACAUUCAAAUCGGGUGCCUUUUAUCCCGGUGUACCGGUGCAACCAGUGUGCAUCAGAUAUCCUAACAAAUUGGACACGGUAACGUGGACGUGGGAAGGUCCUGGCGCAUUGAAAUUACUAUGGUUGACGUUAACACAAUUAAAUAGCAGCUGCGAGAUUGAGUUUCUUCCUGUAUAUAAUCCAAGCGAGGCAGAGAAACUAGAUCCUAAACUAUAUGCAAACAAUGUACGACGUCUUAUGGCAGAGGCGUUGAAAAUUCCCGUUUCGGAUUACACGUACGAUGAUUGCCGGAUUAUUAGAAAGGCUCAUCAGCUACAUCUUCCGCAUGCGUCAAAUAUCAUAAAGAGCCAUAAACUUCGGUAUAAAUUAGGUUUAGUGGCAUCAAAAACUGAAGAAGAACUCGUCCAGAAGAAGACCUAUAAUUUUGGUGACGUAAAUUUACAAGAAUUUGCGCAGAUCCUUAGAUUGGAUGACAAGGAUCCAACUACUCAACAACUGUUUCGCAUUCAUGAUAAGUUCGGAAAAGGAAAGAUCGAUCUUGAAGAAUAUAUUUUCACCGUGUUAGCGAUGGCAAACGCGUCUUCGGAACGAGACAAGGUCGAGAUUGCAUUUGACAUAUGCGGCUCGAAAACAGCAACAUGUUUGACCCAAUCGGAACUCAGGAAAGCCUUGAGGUUAUCGAUACGUAUGCAGUCUGAGGAAUCCGACAGAAUCUUUCAACAUGCCAGAAGUAACGAGGAUGCUUACACAGUGAGCUUUGACGAUGUUCUGACACAACUGUCGAACCGAACGGAAUACGCACAUUUAUUCGCCGCAAAUAACGAAAACUCGAAGAAGACCAUUUGAAAGUGUCUUUUAGAGCCUGAUAGUUCUUCUAGGGAACAUCGAGGCAAACCUUUCCUUAGUCCCAUCUGCUCCACUUCUGUAUGAGAAACGUAUCCAAGGUGCUUCAAGGAUUAUAAAACAAAACUAUUUUGUCGUCUACGGAAGCUGCAGUUGCAUGUAAGCGGCAAUUUAGACAGCUAGCCCGUGUUUUUCCUAUAAUCUCAUAAAUUAGAAAAAGUUGAGAAUUUAGCGGCUUAGAAUUUUAGGAAACUAAAAUUCUAAGAUUUGAGGAUUCUAAAUGAUCUUAGAUUUGAUAAUCCGUGAGUAAUUUAGUUACAAAGGUCCUAGAAUCUCAGCGGAUAUGAAAAUCCAAAGAUACGCGACUUAUGCUAGAUUCCGAGAAUUUAAAGACUCGAGGAUUCCACGAUCUAGAAGUCGAAAACUAUAGAUACCGAGACUUGAAGAUUGAAAGAUCCUGUGAUCAAAAGUUUGGAAAAUGGAAAGCCUAAGGAUCUGAAGAAACAAUAACCAUCUUAGUAAUUGUACAUUUGAAGAUAAAUUAGAAUAUAGAGGUUCGAGGAUCCUGUAAGGCUUAUUUCCAAUUGAAGAUCUACGAGUGUCAAAUUACGGAAAAGGAAAUCGAUGCUUGCACUUUUUGAUGUACAGUACACAUUAUAUAGCAUACAGUUAAGUAAUCCAAUCAUUAAGCUUCUUAUUAAUUCAAAUGAAGUAUCCAUGACUUGGGGCUUGGACGCGCAUUUAGAGAAAAAUGAGGACAGGUAACGACACAAUUUAUUUUUUUUUUACCUAAUGGUCCGACACCGCGAUAUUCGGUGCACAUGUACAGACAUGCGAUUAUGCACAAGAAUAUACAUAUGCGCUAAAUUGUGUACAUACUUGUUGCACACUAUGAACCAGCAUGUAUGUAAACAUAUACACACACACACAUGUGUAAGAGUAAACGAAUCGAUCGUGUAUACCCUCUACGUAUGCGCGCGCAAGUGCGUUCAUGUGUGUAUGUGUGUACGUAUAUAUGUAUAUAGAAAGAAAAUACGUGUAUGUGUGCAUAGUCAAAGCGAUUAGCCACUUUGUAAUAUCAGUGUAUGAACGAAAUGGCCAAAGUUUAACAGCGCGCAUUAGCGGUCAUUCUGAGUUAAAAACAGAUAUGUUGAGUUAUAGAACAUUUUACUACGACAUAUAUUGAAAUAACAGUAUUUAUUGAACUGAAAUUUUUGCUUUCAGUGCAUUGAAUUACUAUACUUAUCUUUUAGCCAAAGAAACCACUUAGAUUUCAUUAAAUGGUUGGAUAUUAUAUAAAUGUGAUUAUAACAAUAAUAUAUUCAAAGUAAUGUUAAGUUUAUUAAUAUCUUUGUAACUAUUAAAAAAGUCUGUUAGGGACAUUGUGACAUGCCUAUUAGACUGACAAUAGGUAAUACAAGUUUUUAGCACAAACUAAAAACUACGUAGACGAAACUCAAUAACUUAUACAGCGAUGUAAAAAAUAAAUGCAGCGGUGGCGGGUAAAGGAUUUGCAAAUCUAAUAUAAAGAUGUAAAAUUUUUAAACGUAUGAAUAAGAAAUUUAGAGAUAUAAAUUGUUUAGGUUCACAGUUUCCAUGAUACUUGGCAAACGUGUAAAAGAUUCGUUUUCGUUGUUCCCUUUUCCAUCCAUCUGAUAAUUUAGGUAAAUAAAAAAUGCAAGCAGUA